AUGACCUUGGGCCGAGGAGGGAUGACUUCGGUGGUGCUGAACGUGGGCGGCGCCCGCUACUCACUGUCCCGAGAACUGUUGAAGGACUUCCCACUGAGCCGGGUGAGCCGGCUUCACGGUUGCCGCUCCGAGCGGGACGUGCUCGAGGUGUGCGACGACUAUGACCGUGAGCGCAACGAAUAUUUCUUCGACCGGCAUUCGGAGGCCUUUGGCUUCAUCUUGCUCUACGUGCGCGGUCAUGGCAAGCUGCGCUUCGCCCCGCGGAUGUGUGAGCUCUCCUUCUACAACGAGAUGGUCUACUGGGGCCUGGAGGGCGCACACCUCGAGUACUGCUGCCAGCGGCGCCUCGACGACCGCAUGUCGGACACUUACACCUUCUACUCAGCUGAUGAGCUGGGUGCGCCUGGCCGCGAGGAGGCGCGGGCCGCCCGGGGGUCCGAGCCAGUGGCAGCUAAGAAGCGCUGGUUGGAACGAAUGCGCAGGACCUUCGAGGAGCCCACAUCCUCGCUGGCCGCGCAAAUCUUGGCCACCGUGUCGGUGGUAUUCGUGAUCGUGUCCAUGGUGGUGCUCUGUGCCAGCACCCUGCCAGAUUGGCGGGCCGCGGCUGUGGACAACCACAGCUUGGAGGAACAGAGCAGGUACACCGCCGGCCCUGGGAGGGAGACUUCCGGGAUAAUUGAAGCCAUCUGUAUAGGUUGGUUCACUGCAGAGUGCAUUGUGAGGUUCAUCAUCUCCAAAAACAAGUGUGAGUUUGUCAAGAGACCCCUGAACAUCAUUGAUUUACUGGCAAUCACACCCUAUUACAUCUCUGUGUUAAUGACAGUCUUUACAGGAGAGAACUCUCAACUUCAGAGAGCUGGAGUCACCUUGAGAGUCCUUAGAAUGAUGAGGAUUUUUUGGGUAAUUAAGCUUGCCCGUCAUUUCAUCGGCCUUCAGACACUUGGUUUGACUCUCAAACGUUGUUAUAGAGAAAUGGUUAUGUUACUUGUCUUUAUUUGUGUUGCCAUGGCAAUCUUUAGUGCACUUUCUCAGCUUCUUGAACAUGGGCUGGACCUGGAAACAUCUAACAAAGAUUAUGCCAGCAUCCCUGCUGCCUGCUGGUGGGUGAUUAUCUCUAUGACUACAGUUGGCUAUGGUGAUAUGUAUCCUAUCACAGUGCCUGGAAGAAUCCUUGGAGGAGUUUGUGUAGUGAGUGGAAUUGUUCUACUGGCAUUGCCCAUAACUUUUAUCUAUCAUAGCUUUGUGCAAUGUUACCAUGAGCUCAAGUUUAGAUCUGCUCGAUAUAGUAGGAGCCUCUCCACUGAAUUCCUCAAUUGA